UGCCGGUCUGCCGGCGGUGCACUCGUGUCAGAUGAGGCGAACAUGUGGCCACGUGUCAGCAUUUCUAUUCGGGCGUCAAAGCUGUCCACACCCGCCUAUUCUUGGUCAGCCGCGCUUCCACCCCCCGAAUUCCCCCAAUCAGACACAACGACGAACGAGGAAGAAAGAGGAAAGAGAACGACGCGCGCGGCGAAAUCCUCUGCUGUCCCAGCUCCCGGCAUCGCCAAUGGUGGCCCGUCCGUCCCCGCGGCGAAUCUGACCAGGGCCGCGCGCGCGCAAGUCGAUCCGAGCCCCCCGAACCCUCGAUCUCGUCGGCGCAUGCGGUGGUGAUGGGUCGCCGCCACCACGUCCUCUGCGCGGCGGCAAGGUGAACAAGGAAACAAGGAGGAGGGAGGGAAUGGACGACGACAACAGUCUCCUUCAUUUUCUUGAGACCCCGAGCAAGCAUUACAGCAAGACGUGCGAUGGAUUCGGAUCCCAAAAUGAUGGCGGCGACCACUCCGAUUCAUCAGCAGAUACGGAUCCAUCUAAUGCAAGGGAAAGAUUGGAACAUCUUCUGAACCAACCUGCCAACAAAUUCUGCGCAGACUGUGGCACCCCAGAUCCAAAGUGGGCGGCAUUGCCUUUCGGUGCAUUCAUUUGCAUCAAGUGCUCUGGAACUCACAGAAGUCUUGGAGUACACAUAUCGAAGGUGAUUUCGGUGAAUCUGGAUGAAUGGACGGAUGAUGAAGUCAACUGUUUAGCUAAUUCAGGCGGGAAUGCUACUGUGAACACUAGAUAUGAAGCAUUUUUACCUGAGAACUACAAAAAGUCAAGAGUGGAUUUCGCUACAGAGGAGCGUGCUACUUUCAUUAGGAAAAAAUAUGAGCUUCAACAAUUUGUGACUGAUCCACAAUUUGCAUGUCCUUUGCGCAAACCUGGAUCAAAUAAACAUCAUAACCAGCAACACAGUAGCAGCAAACAUGGUACUUUCAGAAAUAGCUGGAGGAAAAAGGACCAUGAUCACAAAGGAGUAAAAAAAAUGAUGGAAAUCGGCAUGGUAGAAUUCGUUGGAUUAAUUAAGGUUGACAUCAUAAGGGGCAUAAAUUUAGCUGUUCGUGAUGUGAUGUCAAGUGAUCCAUAUGUUAUGAUUAUCCUAGGACACCAAUCCAUGAAAACAAGGGUGAUAAAGAACACCCUGAACCCUAUAUGGAAUGAAAGAUUAAUGCUAUCAAUCCCUCACCCGGUGCCGCCUCUUAAAGUGCAAGUCUUCGACAAGGACACAUUCAGCGCUGACGACCGAAUGGGGGAGGCUGAUGUUGAUAUCCAGCCAUUGAUCUCUGCAGCAAGAGAGUACCAGAGCUCUAUGAACACAGAAUCGGCGCAGAUCUGCACAUUCUUGGCAAGUGAGAACAGCAUUCUAGUCAAGGACAGCGUCAUUGCGAUUGUCGAUGGUAAGGUGGAGCAGGAGAUCGCGCUGAGGCUUCAGGACGUCGAGCAUGGGGAGCUUGAGAUCAAGCUCGAGUGUGUGCCCCUCAGUCAGUAGCUGCGGCUUUCCGCUGAGAUGAAAUGUUCCAUGGCUGUGAUCAAUUCUAAAAUCGCUUUGCACUACGGGGAGAUAUUUUCUUGUUGAGUUUACUGCAUGCCUGUAAUUGUCAUGCUGAAGGACUUCAUGGAUGUGAAAUGUUGUAUAGAUAGGAAUCAAAAGUUAAACUCAUAUAUAUAGCUCUAAUUUAGGCUCAAAGAAACAAUACGGAGGAGGAGGCUUGUAGAUGGACCAUUUUUUUUGCGUGUCUGAAAGUGGCAGAAAUCUCCCGCUAGGAGGAUGCUAACCUGGCCAAACUUGAUCUUCA